AAUUGUUAUCUUCAAAUCACCAUUCUUCCAUCCUUUUCCUCUUUCUUUUCUUUUUUCCCUCUUAAUUCAAAACUUACCCAAAACACAUCUUCAUAACAGUUGAUUUGAUUUCCCUAUAAUUAAUCACUUCAUUCAUACACAUGCAACUUCAAUAGUACUAUAUUUUCCAUCAUUAUUUACUUUUACCUAUAAGAGAAAAAAUCACUAGCCUACAAACAUUUUGACCCUUAAUCAUAAUAAAAUGUUGCUAAGUUGCAGAAUCAUAUACUACCUUAUUUAUAUAGAUUAAUAAAUCUCCCCACUCUGCAGUUGUGUUUAUUUAAUUAGUCUUUGCCAAUUAUUUUAUGUUAAAUUAAAUAAACUAUCUAUCUCUAUCUCUAUCUCUCCAUGUUGCGUAUGGAAAGGAGGUGUGAAAAGUCAGCGUCUCUCUUUCUCUUUCUAUAAACUCAUCUUUCUCUUUUUCUUUUGUUUCUUUCUUAUUAACAACACAACAAUCAGUUUCAGUUUCAAACCUGUCCCCUUAUUAACUUGCUUUUUCUUCCUCCUUAAUACCCAAAAUACCUAUAUAUGUGCUUGAAAACAUGAAUAACAAGAAACUCUUGUUUUUCAUCUAACUAUGUGUAGUAGUAGUAUCUUUGUGUCAUCAACAACAAGUAUGGACAAUUACCAAGGUGAUUUAACUGACAUAAUCAGAGCUACUUCUACUGCUACUGCUGCUGGAGCAUAUAGUACAAUAACUUCAUCAUCAUCUUCUGAACCUCUUUUGCAACAUCAUCAUCAUGAUAAUCAGUGGCAUCCUCAUCCUCAUCCUCAGCAUCAACCUAUGAGUUUCUCUAAUUCCAUUCUUGAAGAUAACAGAUCAGGAACAACCAACAACAUCAACAUCAACAUGAACAUCUUUGGUGAUCCAUUAUUCUCAACUUUAAGAGAUCCAUUUUUACAAGAGCUUGAUCAUAUACCUUCUUCUUCCUAUUUCAACAUCCCAACUAGUAUAAUUGAUGUUGCAGCUUCUGGUGUUAGUGUUACCACUUCAUCAUCUUCUUCUGCUUCUGCUUCUGUUUUUGCACUUGAUCAAGAUCAUCAUCAACAUCAUCAACAUCAUCAACAGCAUGAGAUGAUGAGAUCAGGUUCAAGGCCAUGUAAAAACAUAUUCUCAAACAUGAUUCAGAUCUCUCCUAGUGCAACAAAGAUAUCAAAUUAUGAAUCUUCUUCUUCAACCAUGGCACCUUCUCCAAGGCAAAUUAAACCUGUUGUUGCUGUUUCAACCAACAUCAAUAUUAAUGCUAAGGAUUCUCUUCUAGACAACACAGGAGGAACAGUUCAGAUCUCAUCUUCAAGGAAUAAUACAGGCCUUAAACGAAGGAAGAAUCAGGCAAAAAAGGUGGUUUGUAUUCCUGCACCAGCAGCUGCAAACAGUAGACAAACUGGUGAAGUUGUUCCUUCAGAUUUAUGGGCUUGGAGAAAGUAUGGUCAGAAACCCAUUAAAGGUUCACCUUAUCCAAGGGGUUAUUAUAGAUGCAGCAGUUCAAAGGGUUGUUCUGCCAGGAAACAAGUUGAGAGAAGCCGAACAGAUCCAAACAUGUUAGUUAUUACCUACACUUCAGAACACAAUCAUCCAUGGCCAACACAGAGAAAUGCUUUAGCAGGUUCAACAAGAUCUCAACCAUCCAAAAACAAUACUUCCAUGAAAAAUUCAGAAGCUUCAUCUCAACCACAAAAUGACACAACAACAACAAAGCCAAAAGAAGAACAUCAUCAAGAGAGUGAUGGAAAUGGAAAUGAUUCACCAGUUGUUAACAGUGUGAAGGAAGAGAAUAUGGAAGAUAUAGAGAAGUUGCAAAUUGAGAUGGAUGAAGGAGAUCAAUUCAAUGAUGCACUUUCUUAUAAACCUUGUUUGAUGGAAAAUAAUCAAAGUCAUGAGGAUUUUUUUGCUGAGUUAGAUGAAAUUGAAGCUGAUCCAUUAAACCUAUUGUUUAACCAAGGUUUUGGUGGUAAUUCAAGCAAUGAUAUUAUUCAUCAAAGAGAUCAUCAAUCCAAGAGUUUAGAUGCAUUUCAUCUCUUUGACUGGUCUGGUGACAACAACAAUACCAACAACUCAUUUGAAGAACCAAACAAAAGAAGGUUAUUAUGAAAACAAGACCUAGAAUUUAAAUGCAUGCACCUAGAAGAAAUCAAUAUCUUAUCUUUCUCACACAAAAAAAAAGGACCUAAUUUUCAAUUUUGCUUUUUAGUAUUAUUUGGUGGUGGUGCUAUACUAUUCAAGGUCAUGUUUGGCU